CACUUCCGGAAGAGUGAUCAUUGCAAAAGAGCACGUCCAAGAUGGCGGGCAUAGGGAAGCUGUUUAAAUUCGGUAGUAAAAAACCGCCUGAACUACCGCGAAAAGAUUACGACGAUUCUGAAGAGGAGGGUUACAUGGAUCCAUCCAUAUGUCACUCUGCUAUACCCCAAAGUUCUGGAAGUUUGAGCUCUAAAAUGCCUAACUAUCCGCCCCCAAGACCUAACCAUCCUAGCAUCGCACCCAAACCAGUAGAUAAUACUUUUCGAUCACAGUAUCGCAAUCAGGGAGAAGGCUAUAAACCUCCUAUCAAACCAAGACCCGUAAGAACGCAACGGAAUGCUGAGGGAAAUCAGUCAAAGCCAGUAGAUGAUUACUGUGAUCCCUGGGAUGCCAAGCAAAGGAAGCCCAAAAUGACGGCAGAUGAUUAUUGUGACCCUGUUGAUGUGACUAGGCCAGCACAGGCAAAGGGGAAGAUCGAUGAUUACUCAGAUCCAUGGGAUUCAAGACCAGGCCAUAUAACAAAGCCAAAAGUGAAGAAGACUGGAGUAAAGGAUGAGUAUAUCGAUCCUUGGGAURCAAAAGGACCACAGAAUCUCAACCAGGAAAAGCCUGAUUCAGAUGAUGAUAGCUAUACUGAACCAUACGACAGUGGUAAAGUUACGGCACUGGACGAGCAGGCAAAAAGGCUUUCUCUUAGAGGAAUGAGACUACCAUCUGCUGGUAAUGCUGAACAUGACCAGAACAUAAAGUACACACCUCAAACACACUUUGAAGACAACAGACCUACUGAUGAUUAUGCAUCACCAUGGGAGAGUAAAGGUUUGAUUUUGCCGUCACAGACAUCAAUAAUAAAGCAAACACAAGCCAAAGUAGGACAAAUGCCUUUAUCAGAUGAACGUCCGUGCGAGGACUAUGACAAACCAUGGGAAUGGACUGCAAAACAACAAAUGCAUCAAUACAUCAAUGGCCCAGUUUCAGAUCCAAAUCCUACGAACACUCAAUCAACGACACAGGUACCUGUUGUUGACUCAAGACCCGAAAACGAUUAUGAUGCUCCUUGGGAAUAUAACAAGAGAACCAGUCAGUUAGUGUCUAUGGCUCAAGAACAGGCAAAGUCUGAUGGGUCCUCUAUACCUCCAAAACCCUCAAGAGUUGGUAUUGACGAUGACUUGACAUUUACAAUUGAUUUGUCUUUACCAUUAGAAAAGCAAAGUUGGUACCAUGGGCCAAUCACCAGAGUAGAAGCAGAAUGUUUACUAAAGCAUGAAGAAAAUGGCUCCUUUCUUGUCAGGGAUAGUGAAAGCAGUGGCAAAGAUUAUUCACUCUCUUUUAAGAAUAACAAUGCCUUUAUGCAUCUGAAAAUUGCCGUCAAUGCACAGGGUAAAUAUGUUCUUGGUCAAUUUAGCCUUCCAUAUGACGCAGUACCUGAAAUCAUAGACUACUACUCAAGGAAUAAACUUAAUAUCCGAGGUGCAGUACACUCUUAUCUAAAGAACCCUAUCAUUCCAAGACAUGAUUAUUUUGUGUUGGAGAAACGUUAGGUACUGAACAUCUAUAUAGAGUUGUGGAAAAUGGUAUGCUUAUAGUAAUUAUGAACUUUGAUUGUCAAAUGUAAUGUGUUUAGUUAUUUGUACACCUAAUUGAAAAAACGUUGUCGGGUUCAAAAAAAGGUUAUAUCAUCAAAGCUAAGACUGAAAGGGAGCAUGGGAAGACAAACAAUUAUGCUAAUGUCAUGCGUUUUGCAGUUUUCCCUUCCUGUGCACAUUUUAUGCAUCAUGGCUUUGGCAUGUUGUUAAUCUAGGUCAACCGACUUUGCUCUACUGUGCAUUUUUACAUGUCUAUAUGCAAAUAUAAUACACAUUUCAGAGUACCCGAAAUGAUUCCUUUUUGGUCUUAGCUUCGAUGAUAUGACCUUCUCGAACCCGACUAUGUUUUUUCAAUAUUAGGUGUAUCUGGGCUUAAAAAAAUGGCUGAAUGGCCAAACAUGACUGGCCACAUUAGACCAAUGAACAUGGGACCAGUCAGCUUGACCAGUCAAGAAGGCCAGCCUAAGAGGCAGGAUUCAAGAGGCAUUUAGCCUGACAAGUGCCAAUUUUGGCCAGAUAUUGUCAGGAUUUCACAAGCUGUUAUUUUAAGUCCAUUAUAAUUAUUUUUUUAGUGUUUGUUUGUGUGUAGUAGUGAUUGUUGGUGUUUUUGAUGUUAUUAAUUGAUAGUAUGAGCUACAUAUACGGGGUGCUCAUACUGCUGACUUACCAGGACUCAAACUAUUGAUUAUUAUUCCUUUUUGUUAGGCUUAUUCUUAGUGAAAUAAUAGAUUGGCAAUAGUCAUAUACUGUAGACAUUCUGGAUAGGGAAGGGAAAUAAUAAUUGACUUGGACUUGACUCGUCCCGAUCGUUUCUCUAUAUACCAGUGGUGUCCCUUAGCAUGCUUUGAUGAAAAUAUGUGAGAGACGACUGGGGACAAAUCAUAACUUGGGACAAAUCAAGUUACUACCAAAAAUUGUACUAGUCAAUAUUGCUUGCAUUCCUUAGCCAAUGUCAAAAAUUCACUAAUGUUUGACUAGUUAAACUACUGCAGUUGAGCCCUGCUGCUCUGAAAUGUCAAAAAUAUGAUUUCGAUAAAUUGCAGCUUUCUUAACAUUACCAAUGGUGGCCAAUUUUUCUUCCCCUGUCUAAGGUAGAUUGGAGGCUGUAGGGUGUUUAUAUGACCCCUAACUUUAAGCUAAAACAGAGCUAGGACAGAAAAUACUGCUGCAAGUAGGGUAGCUUUUAUUAAAAACAAAGUCAUAACUGGAUAUGCAAUUAUAACAGUAAGUUAUACUAGUUAUUUUUAUACUUACAUACUCCAGAUAAUGAUCUAAAACCCCAGAAGUUGUGUAAAACAGGUGUAAAUAUAUACCAUUUUCCUUACAGGUGCAUAAAACUCUAACAUAUAAAAAUUAAGACCAAAGUGAUUAUGUGGUAAUAGUAAACAAAAGGGCCCCAAAAUAGGUGUUGGUAGGUUGUUGGUAGUUUUUUAAAGGUUGUAGGUCAAUUGACAAUUAGGUUGUCUGUAGGUACUGUAGUUUUUUACAUUGUUCGUAGGUGAUGGGAAGUUGUUAGGUUUUUUUUAAGUUGUUGAAAGUUUGUUAAUAAUAAUAAUAAUAAUAAUAAUAAUAAUAAUAAUACUUUAUUUCUUAGAAACACAUUUCAAAAACUCAAUGCUUGUUGGUACUGUACGUCAUCAGUAUACUAUGGGUUUACCAUAUACUGUAUGGGUAGGCUGUUAGUAGGUUGAUGGAAGGUUGCUGGUACUGUACGUCAUUAGUAUACUAUGGGUAUACCAUAUACUGUAUGGGUAGGCUGUUAGUAGGUUGAUGGAAGGUUGCUGGUACUGUACGUCAUCAGUAUACUAUGGGUAUACCAUAUACGGGUAGGCUGUCAGGAGGUUGCUAAAAGGCUGUUUUCUGGUGGGAUAUGGGUUACUAGGUUGUUUGUAAGUUGCUUAUAUCCUACCAACCCCUAUUGUGGCUCAUAUUUUUUGCUAUCACCAUCCAUUAUGUUCAUAAAAGAUUCAUACACUAUAAAAGUUAAUCUCAGUGUUAGGUUAACAAGAAUGAAAUACAAGAGAAUUAUUUGAGUUCUUUUUUUCCUUUACCUCUUAAAGAUAAAUUUAAGUUGAGUUGUAUCAAAAUGCAUCUAAUCUUACUUGUAGUUGGUUUGUGGUUAUAAAAUAGACAUCAAUGGUGUUAUGUUUCAGCUAUUACAGAGCCUGUGUCAUUCCCUUGAGUAUCAUUUCUUUGUUUAAUGGUUGUGCAGGGGAAGACACAUAAAUAUGGAUACAACUCAAACAAUGAAUGUGGUUCUCAAGGGAAUGACAGGUGGUCUGAAAUGGGUAAACAUUGCACCAAGACAAACUAGGUCUAUUGUUAAAAUGAAAAUGUAGAUUGUAAAUUUGCAAAUUUAGAUAAUUUUAAAUAAGAUGUAGCCUUGGGAAGCAAGCAAACCAUAGUUUCCUUCAGAGUAUGGGAUGGGUCCCCUGAAUCAAAUAGUAAACAGGAGGUGCAGAAUUUUGUUUUUAUCAGUCAAGGAUAAUGCCAUGCGAAACCUCAUGGAAUGAAGAUAAAAGAAUCAAUAUGAUCAUUCAUAGCCUCAAAUAAGUAUAGCUUCUUACUGUUAGGGGUAUUCAAUAUCUGUUUCAGAGGCAAAUCCAAGUGGAGGGUCAUGGGGGUUGCAAGCCUUCRUUUUUUGUUUGUGGUCUUUGGCAGGUGGAUGACCUUCAAAUGCAGAACCCCCUUUAAGAAAAUACUAGUUCUUCCCCAGGUCUAAGUUUAAAUGUCAAAUAGUCAGUAUAUCAUUCAGAGAUUUUGUUUAAAUGAUAGGGCUUUUCAAUGUGUAUGUGUGAUGCAAAGUGCCCAAAGUAUAUGUGUGCAUUCAGUAUUUGUAAUUUUUAUUUGAAACCAUGAAAAAUGGAACAUGCUUUCUAAGAGGCUUAUCAUUAUUUCUGAGGAAAGUGCUGGUAGUAAUGGGAAGGUGGGGUACAAUUGUUUUUAAAUGUAGAAAAAAAAUUGCAAAAAAAAGAAAAUAUGAUGUAUACUGUACAAGAAGAAAAAAGCGAAAGUAGGCUAAAAAUAAAGUUGUCCUUGACUUUUGCCAGCUUGUGCCCUUAAAUAACAAUCUGUCCCAUACUGGAGGAAAGAUUAAGACUAUUUUUAGUUCAAUAGUAAAGAAUAUAUUAAAUUAGGUGCAUUAUAUAACUAUUCAAAUUUCAACAAAUUGCUAUUCUAAAGUCUGUCUGUCUUUAGAACACACAAGCUUCCAUUCUAAAUGUAAAUUUGUAAUGAUAUCUUGUUGCUCUUAUUUUUGGUACUGCACUGAUAAUGAUAUUUUUGUUAAUUUCCAUUUAUUGCAUUAUUUUCUAGAAUUAGCAAUGAAUACUCUGUGAGUAGAGAAGUGAUGAUUUGCACAUGAGUAGUGCUAAUAUUAUUAUGUCACAACCUUUUCUCAAAUUUAGUAUAAGCAAAGAGGUUGAACGGGGUCCAAGUAUGGAAUAUACAUGAGAAUUUAUAAUACAGGGUUUGGGGGACGGGAUCUUUAAGAAUGUUUUCUCGAUAUACUUAUCAAUCCUAAAUAUUUUUCAGUUCUUGUUAUUUCAGUAUUUACAAAAUAUGUGUAACUUGCACAAGUUGCCACACACUUUCUUGUAGUAUUGAAUUAUGAAGAGGAAUGGUUGGGAAGUGUAAUAUUAUGCUAGACAAAAAUAAAGUAACUAACUAAAAUGUUGUAAA